AUGCAGCAAUCAACUCAACAACCACAUGCUGCAGUAACAAAUCAAUCAAGUCAGGGUAUGCAAACAUGUAUGAAACUUCAGCAAGUAAAUGCCACGUCUGGUAUUGAAGAUAACGGAAGGAAGUAUUCAGAUGAUGAUAUGAGCGAAGAUGGAAUGUCGGGGCAGCGUACUAAUAAGAGACAGAAAAAAUCUGCACAAAUGGCUUCAGGAAUAAAUGUGGUUACCUUUCCGGUGUCGACAGCUUCUAACCUACCUAGGUCGGAUAUAGAACGAUCGGCAUUAAAAGUUAAUACUGGUAUUCAAUACAGUCAAGACAGAGAUUAUAAUAUAUCUAGCAAUGCUGUUCGUUAUGCUGACACAAGAUAUGCGGUGACUCUUGGUGGCCUGAAUUUUAAGAAAACGUUAAUUUAA